AUGAGGGCGGGGGCGGCCGCGGGGCCGCCGGGGUCCGUGUGUGUGUGUCGCCCCCCUCCGCGUGCCCCGCCUGUGUCCUCGCUCCUCCGCGCCGCCAGGGGGCGCCAGCAGCCGGGUGCGCAGCGGCGCCGCCGCCAGGGGGCGGUGGAGGUGCCGCCAGCGCGAGCCUCCCGCCGUUGCCAUAGCGACGCCGCCGCCAUGGCCGCCGCCGGGCCCGCGCCUCUGCUGCCCGCCGAGGCCGAGGCCCUGGUGCGCUCCGUGCAGGGCACCGAGCUGCGCGACACCGGCGGCCAAGGAUGGCUUCGGCAGCACGAAUGCGUGGAGAAGCUCAACAUGCACGCCAUCCUGAGUGCCUCCACUGGCCAGGAGCAGCUCCUCACCGAGCUGCUGGUCACCUACGCCAAGAUUCCUGUUCUCAUUGGGGAGCUGAUCUCUGUGGAGAUCUGGAAGCACAAGGUCUUUCCUGUGCUGUGCCGGCUGGAGGACUUCAAGCCAAGAAACACCUUCCCCAUCUAUGUGGUGCUGCAUCAUGAAGCCUCCAUCAUUAACCUCCUGGAGACAGUGUUUUUUCACAAGGAGAUCUGUGAGUCAGCAGAGGACAGCAUUCUGGAUUUAAUUGAUUAUUGCCACCGAAAACUGACCCUGCUUGCAGCUUGUAGCACCAACAGACAGACAGUGCAGCUUUGUCCUGAGGAUCUGGCCAGCCUCUCAUCCAUGCAGGAGCUGCAGAAGCAGGCGGAGACGAUGGAGUUUGAGAUUUCCCUGAAGGCCCUGUCUGUGCUGCGGUUCAUCACCGAUCAGGUGGAGAGCCUACCCCUGAGCGCACUGACACGGAUGCUGAACACCCACAACCUGCCCUGCCUCCUUGUCCAGCUGGUGGAGCAUUGCCCCUGGAGCUGCUGGGAAGCAGGUGAGCUGAGGAAGUUUGAGAAUGGCAGGUGGCACGUGGUGCCCCCCGAGGAGCGGGUGAAGAUGAGCAGACUCGAUGGGCAGGUGUGGCUGGCGCUCCUCAACCUGCUGCUCAGCCCCGAGUGCCGCCACAAGUACCACUUUGAUGGCUUCAACAAGGGCCAGCUCCUCAAGCUCCGAGCGUUCCUGACAGACAUCCUCAUUGACCAGCUGCCCAACCUGGUGGAGAUGCAGAGAUUUCUGAGCCACCUCGCAGUGACAGAGCCAGCUCCCCCCAAAAAGGAUCUCGUCCUGGAGCAGGUUCCCGUUAUCUGGGACCACAUCCAUAAGAAACACAUGGGGAAGUGGGAGGCCAUCGCCAAGCACCAAGUGAAGCACGUCUUCAGCCCCACUGAGGAGGAGCUGAAGCUCCAAGCACGCAGGUGGGCACAGACCUACAGCUUGGACAUGAUGGAGGCUCUGGCUCCCGACAAGCCCCGCUGCAGGGUGUGUGGCACAGAGGCGGCCAAGCGGUGCUCUCGCUGCCGGAAUGAGUGGUACUGCACACGGGCCUGCCAGGUCCAGCACUGGCAGAAGCACAAGCCUGCCUGCAACCUGCUGGCUGGGACACCAGGGAGUGGGGAUAACCCCUAAGAAAAGGGCUGACUGGCACCUGGCCAUAGCUCAGCUCAGCACAGAUUCCCCCCACCUCUAGCCCAGUGACCAGAUUGAAGCAGCCAGCACCGGCCCCUUCUGCCUCCUCCCAGCCCCAGGCAACACUGCUUGGGCUUGGCCUCUCCUUUCCCACUACCCACCUUCUCCAAUAAACCUCCUUGUG